AUGAACGGCCUCGAAAUCUCACCAUUCAUCGCCUCCCUGCCAAAGGUCGAGCUGCACAUCCACAUCGAAGGCACCCUCCUCCCAUCCCUCCGCUGGAAACUCGCAAAACGCAACAACGUGCCCCUCCAAUACGACACCUACGAGGCCCUCUUGGACUCGUACAAAAUCUUCUUCAACCACCGGCCGGAAAUCAACGGCCGUGUCCCCGGAAUCCCAACCUUCCUCGAGGCCUACUUUGCGGGCUGCGAGGUCCUCAAGACGGAGGAUGACUUUUACGAAAUGUCCAUGGACUACUUCCGGCGCUGCGCCGCGAUGAACGUCCGCUACGUCGAGCCCUUUUUUGACAUCCAGGCGCAUACCCGGCGCGGCGUGCCCGCCGAGGACGUAUUGAACGGGUACCUGCGCGCCCAGCGCGACGGCGCGAGGGACCUGGGGGUGAGGUCAAACUGGAUCUUUUGCUUCAUCCGCGACGAGAGUCUCGAGGACGGGUUGGCGGCGUACGAGGCGGCGCGGCCGUGGGCCGCGGGCCACGUCGAGGGCGGGAAGGGUCUCUUCCACGCCGUCGGGCUCGCGAGUAAUGCCUUCCAGAGGCCGCCGAUGCUUUUUGAGGAAGGGUUCCGGUGGGCAAAGCGGGAUGGGCUGCACGUUACGAUGCACUGCGAUUUCGGGCAAAAGGACACGUUGGAGCACGUUCACGAGGCGAUUUUUGACGUCUGCGACGGCGCCGGGGCGGAGCGCAUCGACCACGGGCUCGAUGCGGCGGAUCGGGAGGAGUUGCUGCAGGGGUUGGUGGAUCGGGGGAUCGGGUUGACGCUGUGCCCUCACGCGUAUCACCGGCGGACGGCGACGGAGGUGCUGUUUCCCAAGAUUCGGACGUUGUGGGAGAGGGGGGUCAAAUUCAACAUCAAUAGUGACGAUCCGGUGUAUAUGCAUGAAGUUUGGGUGGAUGGGAACAUGCAGAAGGCGUAUACUUACUGUGGGUUUAGUAAGAAGGAUAUGGUCACGUUGGCGAGGAACGGGGUGGAUAUGUGCUGGGCGAGUGAGGAGGUGAAAAAGGAGCUGUACCAAGAGCUGGAUGCAGUUCAGACUGACUAG